AUGGCUGAAAUAAGCAAUCUUCGACCUAUUCUUGACCACAUCGUCAUUCUGGUCUCCUACCAAACCCUUCAGGAACUUCCUAAACGCCUAGAAAAGGUGCUCACUGUAAUUGACGGCGGCACCCACGCGGACGGCCGUACUGUCAACAAACUCAUUGAAUUCUCCGAUGGAGUCUACAUCGAGCUCAUCGCAUUUCAAGAUGGCCUAGAUCCCGAGAAGCGCAAGACGCACAGGUGGGGAGAGCAGGAAGAGAACACAGUGAUUGACUGGGCGUACACUCUCCCUCAAGAAAAGGACUUCGCGGUGAUUCAGCAACGUGUCAAAGAAUCCAACUCUGAGGUGGCCUACCACGAUCCUGUCGCUGGGGGCCGUAUCAGACCUGAUGGUGUUGAAUUGAAGUGGUCUGUUGCUUCAGCCCACGCCACUACCGGCGAGGCUCUGGAUCCUGGAAAGGCACCUUUUUGGUGCCUCGAUCGCACGCCGAGACAUCUCCGAGUUCCGUACAAGGAGGAGGAUGGAUCUUCACCUUCUUACACAAAACAUCCAUCUGGAGCAAUUGGUGUCUCUAGCGUUUCGAUUUCAGUACCUGAAGCAGAGCGGGAUAUUGUUGGCAGGGUUUACAACGGCAUUCAUGGAUUAUCUACAGAUGAAGGGGCCUGGCCAUUUGUUGUUCACUCUGGGUCAACGGAAGGAAAGCAUCAGAUCACAUUGAGCACCAGCCAGGAUCAACAGCGGCAGAUUCAUCUUGCGCUUCUUGGUAACGAGAACAGUCCCAGUAGCAUCGAUAUCCUACCUGGACUGAAGUUUAGCUUUGAGCGUUAG